UAAUCUCAAGAGAGAGAGAAUAUAAUGAAAUAGCGGGAAAGUGAGUAGACCAAAACAAACCACAGUGUAGCAGUAGCAGCAAGAAGAUCUCAGCUGCUUCAUUCUUCUUCAUCAAUUGGCAUUGUUGGAAACCGAAUCAAGCACUGUUCUUACGACACAACACAACUCAAAACAUGGACUUUAUAAAUGCCCAAACAAUGCCUAAAAAGAUCAUACCCAACAAUGUUGUUGAAGUGGUUUUGAAGCAUUGCAUUUCACUUGAUCUUAAACUAUAUGAACAAGAUAUAGUUUAUUGUAAACAUUGUGAUAAUGUAGUAACCGGCGGGAUUUACUGGUUUAUAUGUCACAUAACUGGAAUGGACAAUGUUGAAGCUUGUAUGGGUGUUAGUUAUGAGGUUAGGAAGGAAAUGUUGGAGAUUCAUACCAAUUUGCAAGAGGGCGAAAAAAGAAGUAGCAAUGAAGUGGUUGUUGGAAGCUCUAGAGAUGGUUACAAGAGAAGGAGAGUUGGCUCAAAAGCCUCUGUUGUUGAUGAAAAAAAUGAGAAGACUUCGAGAGAGGAAGCAUGUCAAGUGAUUGCAAGGUUUUUCUACAACAAUGCCAUACCGUUUACAGCGGCAAAGAGUGAUGAAUUUAAAACUAUGUUUGAUUUGGUUUCAAGACAAGGCGUAGGAUUUAAUCCACCGUCUUAUGAUGAGAUUAGAGGGAAAUAUUUGACGGAUGAAGUUAAGUUGACAAAUGAAGCUUUGGAGGAACAUAGAGCUAUAUGGAAAGUAACAGGUUGCACCAUAAUGGUUGAUGGAUCGGCUGACAGUGACACGGAGAGUAGGACCAUACUAAACUGGUUAGUGAACAGUCCAAAGGGAACAUUCUUUUUGAAGUCUAUUGAUGCGUCUGAUAUGUUGGAAUCGCCUGAGAAACUCUUUAAGAUGAUGGAUGACGUUGUUGAAGAGGUUGGGGAAGAAAAUGCUGUCCACAUUGUGACGGAAUAUACAGAAUACUACGCAGCAGCCGCUAUGAUGCUGAUGGCGAAAAGGACUAGGCUGUAUUGGACCCCUUGUGCAACAGAUUGCAUUCUGACGAUAUUGGAAGACUGUGAGGAGAAUAUACCUAUUCACUCAGAGAUAAUUAAGAAGUGUCAGAGUCUUAUAACCUUUAUUCAUACAAGGCCUUCUGUCAAGUCUCUAUUGUGGCACUUCACAAAAGGAAAAGAUAUUUUAAAAUUGGGCAUGUAUCAAUGGCAAACAUCAUACUAUACUUUAUGUUGUAUUCACGAGAACAAAGGAGCUUUGGUAAGAAUGUUCACAUCCGAGGAAUGGAAGUCCAGCGAGUUUGCAGAGCCAAGGUCUAGGAAAUGGGCAGAGGAUAUGAUUUUGGACAAGGAGUUUUGGAAAUAUGUUAUGAUUUGUUAUAAAGGUGUAAAACCUCUGCUGAAUUUGCUUCUUAUGGUCGAUUCAACCAUGGUCCCGAUCAUGGGCUUCAUUUAUGAGGCAAUGGAGAGAGCUAAAGAUAAGAUACGGAGGAGUCUUUCCAAAAGUGCCAUAGAAAGAGAAAGUUUUGUGCUUCUAAAGGAUAUCAUUGAUGAAAGAUGGGACAAACAAUUCCAUAGCCCUUUGCAUGCUGCUGGCUAUUUUCUUAACGCUCAAUAUCACUAUAGUCCUGGAUUUAGAGAUGAUGUUAAAGUUAAACGUGGUCUACAACAUUGUAUAACAAGGAUGGUGACCAAUCACAAAGAAAGAUCGAAGAUUGAAAUUCAACUUGAUGAUUUCGAUAGACAGGCUAAUCAAUUCGGUCAUCCAAUAGCCGUAAUUACAGCUGAUAUGGAGAUUCCACCAAUUUGGUGGGCAUCGUUAGUAGAUGGACCACCAGAGCUACAGAAAUUUGCAAUCCGUGUAUUAAGCUUGACAAGCAGUUCUUAUGGGAGUCCCCGUUUUCCAGAAGCCUUCGAGAUGGUCCACUCUAAGAGUUUGAGGUACAGAACUGAUCAUGAUGUUCUUUUUGUCAUGGCUAAUUCAAAAUUGGCCGAAAAGAAGAGAACCUCAGCUGAGCUAAAUAUUGAUGAUAAUGGAGACGUUGAAGGUUUAAAUGUGGAAGCCUCGGAUUUGGAUACACCAUGUCUGAAGUGUCUAGCUGAUGCGGGAAUUGCUGAUUUGCAUGAUGUAAAUGGGUACGGAGAUGAAGACGGAGAUGAAGAUGGAUAUGAAGAUGAAAAUUAAAUGGAAGAUUAUUGUUUUUAAUUUGAAAAACUUUCUAAUUUAAAUAUCUAGUAUUUGACUCCUUGUUUUGGGUGUUUGCAUCUUGCCACUUGUUAAAAGCUUAAUACUCAAGCUUAAGUUUGUAAUUUGUGACUUAUGAAUUGUGUAUGAAUUACCUAUGGGUUUGAAUUAAGUGUAGUGUACUGUCUGUAGUAAUUUUCUUA